AUGAGCUCCAUCCACUUCAUGCUGAUUUGCCUAAUAUUAAAUUCUGUACCAGGUUCUACGGUUUAUAAAGAAUCCUCUGCGGGCUGUCCUGCUUCUCAGUUCCCUCUGACUACCUAUGGCGACACGUGUCUCCAGUUUAAUUUUAAUCACACUUAUUGGGGAGAAGCCCGGAAUUCCUGUCUCAGUGAUGGCGGAGAUCUAAUCCAGAUCAGGACGAGGGGUCUACAACAGUUCCUAGAACAUUACCUGGCGUCACAGAGUGGGGAGAAAACUGGAUUCUGGAUUGGAGCUUCUGAUAAGGAUAAUGAAUCACAGUGGGAAUGGAUCUCCGGUGAUAAAACUAUGGGAUACUCCAACUGGCAGGACGGACAGGGAACAAGAGCUGGGUCACAUAUCCCGGACUUGGACCUGGAUGACUGCGCACUGAUGCGUGUCGACUACGGGUUCAAAUGGUACGAUGUCCCCUGUAAGAACAAGUUCUUCAAAUACUCCUACAUUUGUCAAUAUGAUAUGGAUUUAUUUUACACAAGUUUCUUUAUUUUUCUGAAUCACUUUGUUCAUAGUUCCCCAAUUGACAACUGUCCGCCACAUGUGAGUAAAAGCGACUUGUACACAUACGGGGAUUCCUGCCUGAAGGUGCAUUAUGGGAACUACGAUUGGGAUGACGCAAGACACAAGUGUCGUCAAGAGGGUGGAGACUUGGUUGAGAUUCGGGAAUCUGGGAUGCAGCAUUUUCUCCAAAGAGUUCUUUCACAUCAAAGGUCAGAGGAAGACGGGUUUUGGAUUGGGGCAACCGAUAGGGACUCAGAAUCACAUUGGAAAUGGGUCUCAAGUGAUUCUAAUAUGAGUUACAGUAAUUGGGAGCACGGACAGGGGCCAUCUCAAAGUGGGUUUUUCCUUGCUAGUGGAUCGCUAGAAGACUGUGCUCUUAUGAGAGUAGACAGCGGAUUUAGAUGGCAUGAUUAUGAUUGUAGCAGUAUAUUCUAUCAUUACUCUUUCAUCUGCCAAUAUGAUACUGUCCAUCAAACAACAACGUACGAGACUGUUGGAGCCAUCAUCGGCUGA